GACUCACCCUGGGUAUGGUUCACUUCAUAUGAGCUUUCCUGAGAAUACACCGGAGUUUCAGAAGAAAUUAUGGGAAGAAGGAAUUACUUUUCUGUUUAGAUAGAUAUAUAACUGAUAAUAUAGCCACAAUAGACAAUGUGCUGUUCUGAAGGGUGCUACAGGUGACAAAUAACUGCAAUUGCACGUCGAUGCUGUUAAUGAACAACUUUAUCCUACCAAGCACAUAAACCACAGAACGUGUUUAUCAAGGCUGUCCAGUCUGUUCAGGACAAAAUAUGUGAAGAAAAAUGCAGUGAACUUAAAGCUUCCUCUAAGCAACAGUGGCUCUGUGCACAAUGUUUACUCCUGGUUGGAUCAUUGGAUUGCUAUUACUGACUGCCCCUCUGUCACUCUGCAGCUUUGAUAUCAUACAAGAUGACAGAGAAGUUACCUGCUCGGAGGGUCUCAGGGAAUGCACUAUGAAGGAUGGGACAGCCUUUGAUUUUAAUUCAGUGGAAGUGUCUGCUAUGAGCGUGUCGGUGAAGCUGUGCUGUAGAGGAGACACAUGCGCUCUUUGUCUGCUGUUCAAAGUGCAAGUCAAUCUGACUAAAAUGGAGGAGGACGAGAGCAACUCUGGUCUGAAGGAUGAUGACAGUGCAGAUGAUGAUGAAGAUGAAACAUGUGCUGUGACAGUGUGUUAUAAGACACCACAAGCAAUGCCCAAAUGCAAAAAGGUGAAGUUUAUGGUAAACCCAGCUAGGCCUUCUCAGCAAAGCACCGCACAGAUUUCUAUGACAGUCACAAAUGCUGCGAUUUCCUAUGAGGACCUUCUUUAUAUUGACUCACCUAAUGUCCCAAACAUUAACAUUGAAAUAAAUGUUCCUUCACUUAUAAAUGUGUGUAGCUCAGACAUAAGCACUUAUGUACAAGAAUGUAAUGCACCCAAAAUGACCUUUUUGACCAACAAAUUGCUGAAUGAAGUGGAGCUGAGUUUUGUUGGCAGUAACAGCAGCCUUACUGAAGUGUGCAUUCAGAAUGAGAUUAACGGGAACUGCAAGAGCUGGAAUAGGAAACCUAUUCCACUGGAGUCCCUCACGCCAUGCACGUGCUUUCAGGCUUGGAGAGAAGAAGAGAGACAGACGGUACGUUCCAGAAGCUGCCCUUUCAAAAAUAACAUAACUCUGCGUCCAUAUAUUUGGAAGAACGUUACACUAUCUGUGCAAAAAGGCUUUUACAACUCUAGCACAAGCCUGUUGUGGAAUGUGUCUGCCCCCUGUCGGUUUGAAGGAGAAUUGUGGCCCUGUGAGAGGACUCCAGGCUUCACUGUCUGCACUGAAAUGAAGGGAUUUAAACAACCAUUGGAGAAUGUAUCCUGGAUACAAAACAGCAAGGGUGUCUGGGAAAAAACAGGCAUCUUUGCCAAAAUAAAUCUCAAAAAUGAUCCCUGUGUGAUGUUACAGAUCAAGGGAAUGGAAGGUGAGCUGGGGCCAUUCUGCUACAACAGCAUCGACAGGUGGCGCUGGAGUCUCUUUGCUGUUGCUGCGAUGCUGCUUUUCUCUGUAACUCUCCUGGUCACCUUUUACCUUCGGAACUUUGUCAAAAAAUCAGUAAUAUGGAGCAGGUGUCACGGAGGACUUGUCAAAAUUCAUCAGGCCCAUGUUCUGGUGCUGAGCCCCCCGGACAGUAGUGGGGAGGUGUCCUCUGCAGUCUGCAGCCUGGGCUCCUUGCUUUACUCCAGCGGCUUCAGUGUGACUGUGGACCAGUGGAGCCGGAGGAGCCAGCUCAGCUCGGGACCCCUGCCCUGGGCCCACUGCCAGCUGCUCAGUAUAGACCGCAAAUGUGAGCGUGUGCUGCUGGUGCUCUCUCCCAGAGCUUUGGACCGGGCACAGAACUGGAGCAGUCAGGACAGUGCCGCCAGUGACCAGCAGGAGGAGUCUCCUUACUCUGAUGUCUUCAGAGCUUCUCUGUUUGCCAUUCAGGCCUACAAGAACCAGGGCAGAGCCAGAGAGCGCUUUGUCCUGGUCACAUUUGACUCUCAGUGGACAGAGGCAAAGAUCUGCCACAAUGAACUACCUGAGAUCCUUCAGGGUCUUCCUCUUUUCCACUUCCCGUCCCAGACUAAAGCCCUGCUGGCGGACUUGUGUGUGGGGAGGACAAAGAGACAGACCAAAAGAACUCAGACUUGGGGUUUCUCUGGGGACAGAUAUAAGGACUGUGCUGUAUCAUUGAACUCUAAAACAUGUGAAACUGAGACAAAACUUUUGAAACACUAAUACAUUUAGUAUUACUGUGGUGAAAUGAAGAAAAAAAUGUAUCCCAUGGCCAUAAAUGAUCAAGAGGUUCUCUGUCCACCAGUUUUGUGGACAUACCACCAUGGCAUCAUCAUAAUUACAGUAUUACAGUGUUAUGCAUAUUAUUUAUUAUUGUUUGUGUUUAUAUUAUAAAUAAUAUUGCAAAUUGUUGUACACUAAUGGUCUUCCUUAUUUGAGUAUCAAAAAUAUGCACUCACCAAAUAUAUUCCCUCACCCCCAUUUCUUUUUCUAUAAAUAACAUGUUAUUUUGAGCCUGGUGGGUCUUUAAUGGUGAUUGGUUGGUUGCUGUAACACCAGGACACGGCGUUGGUUCAUUUUCCUGUCUAUCAUGACACAGACUUCCUGUGGUCUUGCACAGGCACUAGGGCACUCUGCAAGAAUACUACAGUUGAACCUGCCCCACUGUUGAGUUCCAAGGCGGUUGAAAAGUGUAUGUUUUCAGAGCAGAUGGUUGAAAGGGGUGAGUGGAGGCUUCUAUGUCUCCUGCUGCAUGCUGCUUGGCUGAGCUGCGUGCUGACUGCUGAGGCACACACCUGUCCUCCGUCCUGUAACAAAUGCUCAGGUC